GCGGAAGACCACCAUGGGACUUACUCUUUCCUGGCGAAGACCAGACAUAAAACCGGAACCUGAGGGCUGCAUGCGCGCGCCCCCUCUGCCUCCCAUCAGGUAGACUCGUCCAAAGGGGCGGGGCUAACGCGAAGGGAGGGGCCGGGCGACGCGCUCAGAGGGGUUGACACGCAGGGCCGGGCCUGGAUGUUAGGGCGUGGUCACAUUGCAAUAGGCGGGGCUGCCGCGUGGAGUAGGGCGGACCUGGAUCGCAGAACUGGGGCCCCCGUAGGGACCAGCGCGCCUGCGCCGCGGGGCGGGCGAGACAAAGGGGAGGGUCGCGGCCAGCCCCGCCCCCGCGCGCUCUGCCCCGCGCGGCAGGUCCGCGGGGCUUAUGGCUCCCGCGCCUCCUCCGUUGUCACCACUGCUGCUAUGUACUCCACUGGCUCUCCGGUCGACCCGGCCCAGCGCCGAGGCCGUCGCUUGUCGCCCGCACGCCCCGCCGAGUCGCCGCGGCUCCCCGUGUCCGGUCCGGUCCCCGCCGCGCGCCCGACGGCCCCCGCGUCCGGGCCGCGGCCCCGCAUGGCCGUGAAGAUGGCCUUCCGCAAGGCCUACUCCAUCAAGGACAAGCUGCAGGCCAUCGAGCGCGUCAAAGGCGGCGAGCGGCAAGCCAGCGUGUGCCGAGACUUCGGCGUGCCCGGCGGCACGCUGCGCGGCUGGCUCAAGGACGAGCCCAAGCUCCGCUGGUUCCUGGAGCAGCUGGGCGGCGAGGUGGGCACGCAGCGCAAGAAGAUGCGGCUGGCCAACGAGGAGGAGAUCGACCGCGCCGUCUACUCGUGGUUCCUGACGCUGCGCCAGCAUGGCGUGCCACUGUCCGGCCCGCUUAUUCAGGCCCAGGCCGAGGCCUUCGCGCGCCAGAUCUACGGGCCCGAGUGCACCUUCAAAGCCAGCCACGGCUGGUUCUGGCGCUGGCAGAAGCGCCACGGCAUCUCCAACCAGCGCAUCUACGGCGAGGCCGAGCCCCCCGAAGCCAGCCCCGCGCCCCGCCCACCUGUCAAGCCGGAGCCCGCUCAGCCACUGGGCGGUGGCCCCUUGCCCGACCGUGACCAUGACAGUGCUCCGGCCCCGCCGCCCCCCACCGCGGCCGGCUACGAGGAUGAGCAGAUCUACAACGCCAAUGUUACGGGCCUCUACUGGAAGCUGCUCCCUGAGCAGGCUGCGCGCCUGGGUACAGGGAACCCCCGGGCGGGGGCCCGUGGCCGCCGAUGGCGCGGAGACCGGGUGACAGUCCUGCUGGCUGCGAACCUGACCGGCAGCCACAAACUGAAGCCGCUGGUGAUAGGGCAGCUGCCAGACCCACCCAGCCUUCGCCACCACAACCAGGACAAGUUCCCAGCCUCCUACCGGUACAGUCCUGACGCCUGGCUCAGCCGCCCCCUGCUGCGCGGGUGGUUCUUUGAGGAGUUCGUCCCUGGUGUCAGGAGCUACCUGCGGCGCAGCAGCCUCCAACAGAAGGCAGUACUUCUAGUGGCCCACCCGCCUUGCGCCAGUGUAGCAGCCAGAAUGCCUCUCCUGGAAGAGAGCGAAGAGCCCUCCAGGUGCUGUUGGAGGGAGCCUCUCGUUGCCCCUGAGGAGCUGCAGACCCCCGAUGGGGCGGUGCGUGUGCUGUUUCUGUCCAAGGGCAGCAGCCAGCUGCACAUUCCGGCUCCACUGGAACAGGGUGUGGUGGCCGCCUUCAAGCGGCUGUACAAACGGGAGCUGCUGCGGCUGGCAGUGUCCUGCGCAGGAGGCUCCCCUCUGGACUUCAUGCACAGCUUCAUGCUCAAGGACAUGCUUUACCUGGCUGGUCUCUCCUGGGACCUGGUACAGGCAUGCAGCAUUGAGCGCUGCUGGCUGCUGGGACUGCGGGCAGCCUUUGAGCCGCGUGGAGCUGAGGAGUGGACCAAGCCCCUGGCAAGCCAGGCAGAGGAGGCUGCUGAAUGCAGCAGGGUGCUCAGCGACCUCACUCACCUGGCUGCCCUGGCUUACAAGCGCCUGGCACCGGAGGAGGUCACCAAGUGGCUGCACCUGGAUGAUGACGGGGGACUGUUUGAUGGCUGCCGGGAGGAGGGGGGCCCUGGCCGGCCUGCUGGCCUGGCUCCUGCCACCUCUCUAUCCCCAGCCAGCACACCCUCCACUGUAGGGGUUAGAGAGGAAGAAGAGGCAUUGGCUGUGCCCACGGCUGGUGAGGCUGUGCGGGGCCUGGAGACGGCCCUGCGGUGGCUGGAGAAUCAGGACCCCCAGGAGGUAGGGCCACUGAAGCUGGUGCAGCUGCGCUCGCUCAUCAGCAUGGCCCAGAGGCUGGGUGGCAUUGGGUCCUCCCUGGCAGUCCCCAGUGACGGGGUGUGACCCAGCCAGACCCCUCCGCCUUUCUCCUGCUCCACUUGGGAGGAGGAAACAGUCUCUCAGUCUUCCCUCUUCCGUGGGGUGGCCCAGUGCAUGACUCAGGGCUACAGGGGUCCCAGCCAGCCUGGUUUGGAGGGGUUCUCAGUGAAGGGUUGUCCGGCCUCUUGUCUUUAGUGCUUCCUUCCUGAGCCAGUGCAUACAAGGGGUCUGUGAUCUUAGCUGGGCCCCUCCCAUUCACACCCACACAAACAAGCCACAGCACUUAGCAGAGUGGCUUCAUGUGGCCCCUAUGGGGCUGAGCCCUCCCCCCACCCCCAAUUUGUGGCUGUUAAACUGGAUGUGGGUCCAAUUACUGUUGCUGGGACCUUGGUGUGGUAAAGUCACUUUGCCCCAGCCCACUGUCCUCUGCAUGCCAGUAUGCCGCUUAGUGGUGCUUUCUAGCACCUGAAGCCAAUCUAUCAAGGUGCUCUCUAGAGGGGCCAUAGUCCCCAGCCUGGGGCCAGUCCACUACAGGUGCAUGAGCUUUUGAUUAAAACAUAGAUUUCUACUCAAGUUUUAAGUCCUAAGAGCAUUCCAUUUUGGGCAGCUUUUACUCCCUGAGGUUGGCAUACAGCCAGACAUGGACCUUCCUGGUUUCCUCCACCAACUACAGCCCAGGGCCCAGCAGCGCCCCACAGUGCCUUAGCACCCUCUGAGGCCCUCAUAUCCACACAGUGCCAAGGGCAUGGCUCAGGGAUUCUUCCCUAUUACCCUGAGCUCCUGGGUUACCCAGUUUGAAAUGAAAGAAUUUAUGCUACUGGCUGGAUGCAGAGAUGCCACAAGGGCCUUUAUGAGGGGCAGGGGCUGGUGAGGUGCUCUGACCUGCCCAUGUCCAGGAGGUGGUCUCAGCCCCACAGGCAGCACACAGGUCAUAUGUGUACAUGGGCCAGGCUGGGGAAGUUCCUAAGUCCAAGAACAGAACAUGUUCCUUUGAACUGCUCCAGUCAAAACAGCAUUUAUGGCUCUUGUGAAUCUAUGAGGCUAGGUUUGAAGAACCUAGGGGCAAGAGAGGCAGAGGACAGUUAGCCAGGUCCCCUGUGACCUCCACUUGCAGCCCUAGUCUCUAACCUCUUGCUCCAGCUGCCAACUCUCAAUAUCAGGAAGUCUUGUUUCAUCCCACCUGCCACUGCAGCCUUCCAGCACCACCUGCUAGACCUGUGGGGGGAGGCAGAUAGCACCAAGUAAGGCCAGUAUCCACUGCCCUGAGCAUUGCCACUUGCCAGGAUUCUUAUAAAUCUGUGGGCAGGAUUUGGCACUGAGGCCCACAUCUUUUGCCCAUCUUCUAGCUGCUCUAUCAUCCCCCAGUCCCCUCCCACCUGGGGAACCAUGGGCUGUGCCCAGAGAGCCUCUGGGUCAACAAUGUCUUAUGAGGGUGUCUGCAGGCAUCUUCCUGGAAUAAAGGCACUGGAAUCCUAGUGAUACCUGGACCUUGUGUGUAGAGGGGGACUGGGAUCCAGGGCACAGCUCACUGUAAAGUCAUGGAGUGGCCUGGCAAGAACUUUCCUGCAGAGCAAGUUUGUUUCUGCAGAACAUCUGAAGUGUACCUGCCCCUCUCUGCUGUUACUAGCUGGGCUCAGGGGCCUUAGAGUGGGUCACCUUGAUUUGUGACAACAUGAGUUAGGUGGUGAGGAGCUCUCAGUUGCUCUGCUGGAUCCACUGCCACCAACCUCACCCAUGGCAGCAUUCACCUGGUCCAUGGAGUGAGGGUAUUUUGUAAUAAAGAUCAAAUGUGUCACUGU